CAAAGGAACCAUAUAUUACGUUGAAAGUCGGCAUUCAAAACAGUUAUUAAAAUAUGGCCAAAAAUGCGUUUUAUUUUUUUAUGCGUGACUGGGCUCAGGAUCAAGAACGUCGUGGUUUAACUGUAUCAGGAAGGUUAGCAGAUAUCGCAGCUGAUCCAAGAUGUAGCGAAGCAUGGAAGAAUCUUUCAGAACAACAAAAAGGAGUUUAUAAAGCAAAAGCAAAGAACAGCAAAAUUAGAGCUCAAGGAAGUGCAAGUAAAAAAACUACAAUUGGCGAAAACUUAACUGACUUAGAAAGAAAUGAGAGAAAACAGCAAGAGUUUCAACAGAACAUGCUUCAAUAUAUAGACUCUGUUGUCUCCAUGGGUAUGCAACAUAAUAAUUUGCACAAACUAAAGUUCAUAUUUAUACAUGUAAAUUGGUUCUAUAAAAGAGAAAUAGGUAUCAACAAAUAUGAGUUUUGUCCUGCAGAGUUUGCAGUCGCAGAAUUUAAUCUACAAAAUGGUGUUAAGAAUAUUUACCAUGAAGUAUUAAAUGUAAAAAUACCAUUAGGUUGGAAAAGAGAUGCAAUUGAAACUAGUCAGGAAUCACACCAAAUCCCUAUAGAACUAACAGAUGGACAAAGUGAUUUUUCACUUAUGUUUAAGAAAUUGACGAAAUUUCUAGAAUACAAUAAAAUAGGAAACAAAUUUCCUCCAUUAUUCACUACAAAAAAUGUAACACUAGCUGUGGAAACAUUGCUAACAAAAAUGACAAAUGCUGGCAACGGGUCACUAGAUGACUUCUUGAUCUAUUCAAUAGAAGCAUUAUUUGGAGCCUUGUGGAAUGCUGUUAUGCAAAAUGUUAAUGAUCAUAGUAUUCCUCUUGUUGUUGCUGAAAAUGAAUUUUCAAAAGACGUUUUUUCAACUGAACGUGGCUUUGAGUGUGAUUUCCAUAAAAUUAUAGAUGUAUGCCAAUACUGUAGUAAAUCUACAGUAACACGAUGGGGAUUCAUAAUAUGUGAUCAUUGCUGUGAGUCCCUUAAUAUAGAAAUGAUUGAAGGUAUGCAUUGUCCAUUUAAGAAAUCAAUUUUGGAUUUACCUGAUCAAGAUAGUACUAGUCAAGAAACUAGUGCUAUUGAUAUUCAGUUAAAGUGUAUGAGCAUUAGUAAUCAAAAACAAGUUGUCGAAAUGAAUGGAGUAUCUCUAGAUCAUAGGAGAAGGGUAUCUGAGCGGAAUUAUCGAGAUGAACAACGACGACGUAACGAAUGCAAACCAUUGGAAAUAAUUGAUUAUGACAAAUGCAAUACAUCUAAUUUAAACAGCUCACGUCUAAAUAUACCGACGAGACCACUGCGUUUACCUAAAACGAAACCGCAAGUACUUAGUGAUCUUGAAAACAGUAUUGAUUUAUUAGACACUGAUAAUUUUCCAUCACUUGACAAGACAUAUACCUCUAAAAAAUAAUUUG